AUGAGUACUGCUCUCUGUGAGUCUCCUUAUCACAGAUACACAAGUGAGGAAUACGCUGUCAUGGCUUGUACCGGUGUGAUUGAAGCAUCCACCACCUUCUGUGCAAAGAAAGGCAAGGGUACAAAGAUUGUCGGUGCCUGCUACUGCACCAACAUUCCCGAAAUGGGUUCCCUUUUAACGUGCUUGCAUACGAACGAUUACUACAACAACAAGAUGGUCAGCUACCUUGGACGCCAGUGUUCAGAAGUCUACCCAAACACCACGUUGGAUGCCCAGUUCUUUGAUAAGGUGUACCAGAAUGCGUCGCAAUACAUCAUUACCCCCGGUUCAGACUUUAAUUCCUCCCUUAUUUCUUACUCUCCGAUUACGGUCAAGUCCAAGAAGGUCAAGACCUACUACAAAGCCUACUACGUCAGAUGGAACAACUUCACCUUAGCUCUCAAUUUGGGUGCCGGGUUCUACGGGUUAAUGGGUUUCUUCAUGUUGGGGUCCGCUAUUGUCAACUGGACAACCGUCAUUUUCCCUGGAUUUGCCCAAAAGUUCAAUGGCACCUCCUCCAAGUGGUUUAGAAAGUACGUCACCCUCACUGCGGCCUUCAAGAAGGACAGAAAUGUGCCGUUAAAGUUUUUCGGUGUUCCGGUGGCGCUCAUCCCCACCAGAAUGGAAUCCAUUAUUGUCUUUCUGCUCUGGACAUACAUGAUUUUAGCCAGCUCCAUAGGCUACAAGCACGUCGAGGGCAACCCAAUCUGGAAACGUCCAAUGGCUGAGCUUGGUAGAAUUGUCUCCGACAGAACCGGUGUCCUUGCCCUCAUUACGUACCCCAUGCUUAUCUUGUUUGCUGGUAGAAACAACUUCUUGAUAUACAUCACCAGAUGGAACUUUUCUAGGUUCAAUAUCUACCACAGAAAUGUCUCGAGAAUGUUUUUUUUGUUGUCUACCGUCCACGGAGUUGCUAUUUCCAUUUCCGCCUUUGGUAUUUCCCCCGAUAAGUAUUCUGGAAGAAUGAAGAAGGAAGCUGUGAUUUGGGGUACUGUUGCUACAAUCUUGAUGGGGUUCAUGAUGAUUCAAGGCAUGCUUGUAUUGAGAAGAAAGUCAUAUGAAACCUUCUUGAUCAUCCACAUCGUGUUUGCUGUAUUUGUUUUGAUUGGGACCCAUUUCCACAUUGUUCCAUACUCUUACGAUGGAUUCACGUGGUCUGUAGUUGGGCUUUGGGUAUUGGAUAGAGCGGUGAGAUUGUUGAGCAUUGCCAGAUUUGGGAUCAAGGAUGCCAACGUUACGUUGAUUUCCGGCGAAACCUUGAAGGUGACGGUGCCAAAACCAAGACACUGGAACGCAAAGCCAGGUCAGUAUGCCUUUGUCUCCUUCAUGACGCCUUUGUGCUUUUGGCAGUCCCAUCCCUUUACGAUGAUUACCGAAACAGAGUCUGAAAUCAGUUUUGCCAUCAAGGUCAAAGGUGGUGUCACCCUGAGUUUGUACAAGCACUUGGUUUCCAUGCCUUCUCAGACUGCAACCAUCAAGGUAUGUGUCGAAGGA